GGUUCCUCUCUGUUGAUAUAAUUCGCUCCAGGUUCUAUCAGGGUGCGCUGGAAGCGGUCGUCAUAAUGCUUUCGCCUCUAUAAAGUAGAAGACUAUUCUCCAUGAGUUACAUUAACCUUCCUGUAAAAAUACGCCUGAUGUGUGAGUGGGUUAUGUAUUUUUAAAAAUGUGAAAAGAAUGUGUAGGCUAUUGUAGAAUAGUAGUGACCGGUGGUAAUGACAAAGGGCCGAAUUGUGUACGAUAGUGUUACACAAAAAAUCUGUGAACGAUUUGAGAAAACGCAAUAUAAUCAGUGAGAGAUAUAAAAAUAGUGAUGAUGGUGAACGUGUUGUGCUUGUGGGUAGUUCUGAGUGUGUGCGCCACGUACGCUUUUAAUCUGGAACCACGAAUACCUGUCAUUAAAAGGGGAUCGAGGGGUUCCUAUUUCGGUUACUCGGUGGCCGAACAUCAGGAAAUUGUACCCUCACUACCAAAAUCUACGAGUUGGAUGCUGGUAGGCGCACCUCUAGAUCAGAAUUUACAACCAGGAACGAAUAAGUCAGGAGCUUUAUGGCAAUGUCCACUGACAACUUAUACAAGAGAUUGUACACAAGUCAUUACUGAUGGACAACUUAAGGACAAUAUUCUAGUAUACAGACCAAACGAAUACGAAUCAUAUGAUUCAAAUACAGAGUCAGAUGAGUUAGUAAAACCAGGUACGGACGAGAUAAAGGAUAAUCAAUGGCUAGGAGUUACUGUACGCAGUCAAGGAGUAGGAGGUAAAGUAAUGGUAUGCGCACAUAGGCAUAUUAUCAAAACACUUGAUUCUCAGUGGGGUCAAGGCCAAUGCUACAUAUUAAAUCAAGAUUUAAAAUAUAACGACUUGAAAAAACCAUGCUCUGGAAAGCCCACAAACAAGGCACACGAGCAGUUCGGUUACUGCCAAGCUGGUACUAGCGGUUUAUUAACGAUAGAUGAUCGUGUGCUGAUCGGCACACCGGUCCACAUACCUGGAGAGGUACUGUAUAUCUGUCCUCCGUGUCGGACGAAUUUUUGUCACGGGAUACUACAGUUUACAGCGCACCGAUGCAAGACUUGUCGCCUGUGAAUAAAUACAGCUAUCUCGGAAUGUCUGUAGCAGUUGGAAACUUUUUCGGCAAAGACUUGGCUACGC